CAUAUUUUUGUAUGGAGAAAAGGGAGCUGCGUAUGGCCUCCGGGAACACGGGACACGGGAACACGAGAUCAGUGCGGGCAGUACGGGGGAAUACGGGUACUGACCAGGGGGUCGAAGCAUAGCGAACUGGCUGAUACCAGAGAAGUGGAGGUGGAAGUAGAAGUGGAAGUGGAAGUGGAAGUGGAAGUGGCGAUAGGAAAUGUAUGAUCUCCGUAAUUGUAAUUAAAUGAACAACUGUGUGCGUAAUAAACAAUCGAAUAUAUUUAAACGAAAACUGCUGCUGCGUGGCAGUGCACCUAUAUUUCAGUAAUGCGGUGGUGUAGCAAACAGUUCACAACCAGCUUCAGCAAUGACAGAAAUAACAUCCAACGAACGUGGUAAGCAAUUGUCACGGCAAAGAGCGACCAUGUCCGACCUACAACAGCAUCACUACAACCUUGCGACGUCCGAAAUGAUGCCCAAAGGACUUGCUAUUAAUGGGGUUGGUGGAAGGCUGCGUCAAUUGGAGGCACUGUUUGUUGGUGGUCCUGUGCAAGGGGGACGAGCCGGUCAUACAUUUUCUAUUGAAACUCUCAUUGACGUUUUACUCGUUCUCUAUGACGAGUGUUGCAACUCGUCGUUACGCCGAGAAAAGACAGUAUCAGAUUUUAUCGAAUUUGUAAAACCAGUCGCCUCAUGCAUAAAGAGUCUACAAUUAGCUAGAGAAGAUUUUGAAAUAGUCAAAGUAAUUGGACGAGGUGCAUUUGGAGAAGUUUGCGUGGUCAGGAUGCGGGGAUCGGACAAAGUCUUUGCUAUGAAAAUACUUAACAAAUGGGAGAUGCUGAAACGUGCUGAAACCGCUUGCUUUAGGGAAGAACGAGAUGUGUUGGUAUAUGGAGAUCGUAGGUGGAUAACAAACCUCCACUACGCCUUUCAGGAUGAUAAUAAUCUGUACCUUGUCAUGGAUUAUUAUUGCGGUGGUGAUUUAUUAACACUGCUGAGUAAAUUUGAAGAUCGACUUCCCGAAGACAUGGCGAGGUUUUACAUAGCGGAAAUGGUGCUGGCUAUCGGAUCAAUUCAUGAUCUACAUUACGUACAUCGUGAUAUUAAGCCAGACAACGUUUUGUUGGAUGCUAACGGGCACAUAAGACUGGCCGACUUUGGCUCAUGCUUACGACUCUUUGAGGAUGGAACUGUUCAAAGUAACGUCGCUGUUGGUACUCCGGAUUACAUUUCGCCUGAAAUUUUACGGGCUAUGGAAGAUGGGCAAGGGAGAUAUGGCCCCGAAUGUGAUUGGUGGUCCCUCGGAGUAUGCAUGUACGAAAUGCUCUACGGAGAAACUCCAUUUUAUGCUGAAUCUCUGGUUGAAACAUACGGAAAAAUCAUGAAUCAUAAGAAUUGUUUCGACUUUCCAAUAGAAGAUGUGUAUGAUGUGUCUGAAGAAGCUAAGGAUCUGAUGAGGAAAUUAAUUUGCAGCUCUGAGUUUAGAUUGGGCCAGAAUGGUAUCGAUGAUUUCAAAAAACAUCCGUGGUUCGAAGGAGUCGACUGGGAUGUUUUAAGAGACAACACUGCCCCGUAUAUACCUGAAGUGUCUUCGCCAACUGACACGUCGAAUUUUGAUGUCGACGACACAGAUGUUCGGAGUUCGGAUGCUGUACCUCCUGCUGCUAACUCUGCAUUCUCCGCUCUGCAUCUACCUUUCGUAGGAUUCAGCUUCACACAGGGAAGCCGGAUAUCGGAUCUGGGCUCUCUUCCUGUGGUGGCUCAGAAGGAUAAGAGUAUGAAAAUGCUCGAGGAAGAAAAUGCACAGUUAACGCUCACCAUCGCUGAUUUACGAAAUCAAGUCGGCGUUGGUCAUUUCUCACCUACGACAUCUCCAGACUCAAAUAAUGCCACUAGAAAAUUACAGGAUGAAAUAAAUACACUGACUAAGAAAAACUGUGAGCUUGAAACGCAGAUAAAGUCGAUGGAGAUACCGCGGGAAUUAUGCACCUUGGAUAGUGGUGAAUCAACAAAAAUUCGUGAGCUGGAAAAGCUGGUGCGUAGCUUAAGGAUGGAGAAAGAAGAGGCCUUAAAGGACAAAUUCGAUACUCAGGAGAAAUUAAAACUUCAGGAAAAAGAAUUAAAAGACGCGCUCACCCAGAGGAAAUUAGCAAUGGCUGAAUAUACUGAGGUAACGGACAAACUAUCCGAGCUAAGGCAACAGAAACAGAAACUGUCGCGGCAAGUAAGAGACAAAGAAGAAGAGCUCGAAGUAGCGAUGCAAAAAGUUGACAGUCUGCGACACGACAUAAGGAAGGCGGAGAAGCUGCGAAGAGAGCUGGAAAACAGGGUCGAGGAAGCGAUGGCUGAGACGAGUAAAGAGCGAAAGUUGCGGGAACGGAGUGAAGAGUACUGCAAACAAAUGCAAGAAGAAAUGGAAAAGAUACGGCAGAGAUCUGUGGGAAACGAUAGCAGUGGUAACCAGGCGUUAGCGACACAGGAAAUUCAUAGGCUGAAAACGGAGGUGGAAAAACUUGAUGUACAAUAUAACCAAAAUCUGAACCAGCAACAGAGUAGGUAUACAUCGGAGAUACGAAGUCUUCAAGACCAGUUGCACGAGGCUGAAAACAGAAGAGAAAUCCUGGAGCGGGAAGUCCAGUCGGCGAGAGAAAAAUUAGAUGCUGCCAGAUUGGAAAAUAUCACAGAUAGCGAAGAGACGAUUAACGAAUUGAAUAGAAGGUACGAACGAGAAAAAAUGAUGCUAGUCGAAGAGAAUAAAAAGCUUAUGCUCGAUCUCGGAGCUGUUACCGACAGCGUUGGUAGAAUUCAAGGUGAGCGAAGGCAGCUCGAAGAGGAAUACGAAGAAUUGAGGAACAAAAAGGAGGCCAUUGCCCAGUGGGAAGCACAAAUAACCGAAAUCAUUCAAUGGGUUUCUGAUGAAAAGGAUGCCAGAGGUUACCUGCAGGCAUUAGCAACCAAGAUGACAGAAGAACUAGAAUUCUUGAAACACUCUGGCGGAGUCGGGGCGGUAGUUGGUGGCUCUACGAUGACCGAUAAGAACUGGAGGAACCGUAGAUCACAAAAGCUUGACAAAAUGGAAUUACUGAAUCUGCAGAGUUCCCUGCAGAGCGAAAUUCAAGCCAAGCAAGCAAUUUCCGAAGAACUCACCAAAACACGAUCAGACCUCAUCGCAGCGCAAAAGGAACUGAGAGACUUCAGACAGCGGUUGGAUGCCAUGGCCCACGAGGCAAAGAGAAAAGAAAUGCAGAUAAACGAACUUCAAGGUCGUCUGGAUACCGGCGAUGGUUCCUUCUUCCUAACUACCAAAUCGUCCAGCAAAUCAUCAUCUAUCGUCGUUUCAACCAAACCCCAGCGCAUCAUCGUACACAAGUUGAAGUCGCCUCUGUCGGCCUUACGUGCUUCUUGCGUCACAACGUCCUGCUUAUUAACUAGAUUUCCUCGUGCCAACUCAAUCGUCACUUGUACCGCCGAUACCGUCGUUUAUAAGCCUGUCCUAGAACGUCCCACAUCUCAAAUGUCAUACCUGGAGCAUUUUCUCAAGGGAACAGUGGAAAGCACACGUCAUGGUAGUGUGGACAGUGUCGAAGGUGACAUAGAGGAUAACCGUGCACCUAGCAUUACAAGCAGCAAAAGCAAUUUGUCCGAACAGAGUGUUGACCCUACAUCUCCAUUAUCUCAUGAGUUAUUGAACAAAUCAUCUGUAUCCCACGGGCAGCUUAGCCUACAACCAAAACCAAAAUCCCAUCAGUUUCUAGUUCGUACAUUUUCUGCCCCAACGAAAUGCAAUCAUUGCACAUCACUGAUGGUCGGUCUGACCAGGCAAGGUGUUGUAUGCGAAGUCUGUGGUUUUGCCUGUCAUAUGUCGUGCUGUGACAAGGUUCCUUCAAUUUGCCCUGUGCCUCCUGAUCAAACAAAACGACCACUGGGCAUCGACCCCACCAGAGGAAUUGGAACCGCUUACGAGGGUUACGUAAAAGUGCCAAAAAUGGGUGGUGUAAAGAAAGGAUGGAUACGACAGUUUGUAGUGGUCUGUGAUUUUAAAUUAUUCCUCUACGACAUUUCACCAGAUCGCAAUGCUCUGCCAUCUGUAUAUGUGUCCCAAGUGUUGGAUAUGAGAGACGAGGAGUUCAGUGUCAGCUCCGUGCGUGAUUCUGAUGUGAUACAUGCAACUAAAAAAGACAUUCCAUGUAUAUUUAGAAUAACAACGUCUUUGAUGGAGCCGCCUGGCCUAAGAAACAUCACUUUGAUGCUGGCUGAUACAGAGAGUGAAAAGACUAAAUGGGUUGUGGCAUUAAGUGAGCUUCAUCGAAUCUUGAAGCGUAACAAUCUUCCAAAUACUACGAUAUUCCGAGUCAAGGAGUUGUUGGACAACACUCUGGCUCUCAUAAAGAACGUUAUGUCGGGUACGAUAAUAGAUCCUGACCGUCUAGUCAUUGGCACUGAGGAGGGCCUAUUUUGUUUAGAUUUAGAUCGUAGUGAAAUAGCGAGAGUUGGUGAAGGAAAGAAGAUAUAUCUUCUAGAAUACGUGACAGAAGAACAGCUGAUUGUUGUCCUUAGCGGGAAGCAAAGACACGUCAGACUUGUACCUGUACGAGCUUUGGAUGGAGAUGAAGUUGAAUGGAUUAAAGUAGCAGAAACUAAGGGUUGCAUAACUUUGACUACUGGAAUUAUGCAUCGCAAUCCACUUACUUAUUGUUUGUGCGUUGCUAUUAAAAGACAGAAUUCUUCUCAAGUAAUAAUUUACGAAAUAACACGUACCAAAACGCGGCAUAAGCGAAUUCGUGAAGUUAUGUUACCCUGCCAUGCUCAGACGCUCCAAGUCCUAACGGAAGGCCGCCUCUGUGUUGGUUAUCCAUCCGGCUUCUCCAUCUACAACAUUCUCGGAGACCAGCACCCAAUUUCACUGGUCCACAAUGAGAAUACGCUUUUGGGUUUUUUGACCUACAGCGCUGUGGAUGCAUUGCGUUGCAUAGAACUUCCACGCGGCGAGUUUUUACUCGUUUUCCACACUCUCGCCGUUUACGUUGAUAGCCAAGGCAGAAAGAGUCGAGAUCGCGAAAUAAUGUAUCCCGCUGUCCCCACUGCAGUCAGUUACUGUGAAGGAUAUCUUCUGGUAUACAGCGAAACUCACGUCGAUGCAUUUGACUGUACGACUGGAGAUUGGCUGCAAACACUGAAUGUAAAGAGAGCACGUCCGUUGAAUGCAUCAGGAUCCUUAAGUUCUUGUACAAUCAAUGACAUGCCACACGUUAUUUAUUUGAGUAAUUUACAUCAACGAGAAUUGCUAAAUUUGGCAACGGUAGAUGCUAGUGGCAGACAGAUGACCAGACCAAGAAGAAGAUUUUCUCUUCGCGAGGGCAACCGAGCUGCUCGUCCUACUGAUCGACGAUCCAAAAUGAUUUCUGCUCCAACUAAUUUUAAUCAUAUUAGUCACAUGGGACCAGGCAAUGGCAUACAGAUUCAACGGUUAUUAGAUUUACCAACUACACUAGAAACAGCUGAUCAACAACCGUAUACUGGAACACCGUCAGGAACACAUCUCCAUGGCAGCCAACAACGGUUGUAUGGUCCAGCUAUAUCAGCACCAAACAAACCAGCGCCGCUACCACCAAGACAUCCACCAUCAGACACACGACGUCUCAGUUCACACAUGACUAGAAAUUCUGGAUAUUCUCCUCAUAACGGUUCCACAUCUUCUCGGAGAGGUCCGGCGCCUCCUAGACCAACAGCAACUCCUCCAUCAUUACCACGCACUCCUGUGGAUCAAGUUGAUUCAGAGUCACUGCAUCUUCGGUCGCACACACCGUUGUCACUCGGUAGUAUCGCAUCAUUGCACGAUAAAGAACACACAUCCGGUGGAAGUCCCCGCCAUUCUAUAGCUUCUAACAAUAGUUCAAAUCCGUCUACACCUCCCAGCCCAGCUCACGACCAUGGAUCCUCAUCAUACGAUUCAUAGAUGUAUU